CAUGUUGCGGCACUCACUCGGAAUGUGUUGAUUUUAUACUACUGUAACAUUGGGGCUGUUGUUAGCUUAUUGCUACAAAUUAUGUCAGACUACCUGUAGAAAAAAUAAACGAGGAUUUGUGUCUGAAACACUUGACUGUUUUUCAGUUAUCCUAAAAUUCUUGCUGGAGAAUUGUUUUUUGACUGUGGGAGGAACUUGUUAACCGGUGUCAGGGGUUUCCUUUGGCAGUGACGUAUGAGAACAGCAGCAGGCAGUUUUGUAACAAACAGCAGCUCAGUCAAUCUGAGACGCUAGCCAGCUCGAUUGUUAAUUUUCGGUUACGAAAAUAACAAAGAUACUAUUAAGACGUAGCAGCGUAACUUAACUUUGUAUUGUUCACACGUGGUUUAGGCAAUACACUGUUAGAAUGAUCGAUUCAAAUGGGGAUUUAAAAAAAUCGUAUGACGUUUUAGAGAAUCUGCUCGAGUAGCUAAAGUUGGAAGUGGAUUCGACGGUAGAGCUCCCUACUUCCUUAUCGAAAUGAAAUGGGAUGGCAGCGAACAAAGUUUAUGAACUGAUAGUCCAGUUAUUUACGAUAUGAUUUCCCCACAUGCUGGAGAUUUUACGUUUGGUGUUAGCAAACUAAAUGAAUAAAAUUAUAUUUUCUUAAGGACUACGAGACUUAAUUACUUGUUAACGUUCGAUAUCAAUGUAUUAAAAGUACCGUGGGUUUACAAGCACCCUCGACAAGCUGCUGGUUGUGUAGCAAGGGCUAAUUAAUCUUCAAACUAUCCGCAUCAUGUUUAGUAGCUAAUAUAACCGGAUAGCAAGGCAAUUGUUUUUGUCAAGUUUUCUUUUCAAGGAAAUGGAACGGCGAAAUUGCAGUUAGCUCGUCAACUUGCUAGAUAGCUUUACUAGUUACUGUGAAUAUGAUGGCCCAACCGGCGUAGCUCGCCUUGCUAAAAUGUCUGUUCCGAAAGUAUCAUAGGUAGUUUGCAGGUUUAGAUAGCUAGCUAACGUUUUCCCAAUGUAGUUUUGUAUUGUUUACCUGUGGAUAUAAACAAGAAUACCAAACUAGCCAUCUGGAUACUUGGAUUCGGCAGAUUGAUAAAUGCCGAAGUCGGAAGCGGUUCGAGGAAGGAGCCCUUCAGAGCAGAGAAAUGCCAGACGGGACAUGACAAGUGAACCUGGUAGCGGCGCAUUAUCUCAGGGAGAGAAAUAUCGUGACAAGAGCCGGACGUCGUCCUCUAGGCGAAAGAAACACAAGCAUGGAAGGAAGAGACUGCAGCAAAAUACAUCUGAAGAUUACAACAGUGAACGGAUGAGCGUCUUUGAAAGAGACAGUGAACUUGAAACUUUAGUAGAAUAUGAUGAUGUCAGUUCACAGUCAGAGCGGUUCUCCGAGAGCCCCUCUCCAAACCCCGAUCCGCAUACCCAAAGACUCCAACCACAGCGUCUGGGCGAUAAUGAGUUCCUGGACUGCAGCGGCCCUGCAUCGCCGAGGAGGAGGUCGAGGAAAGAGGGUCACUCCUCGUACCCCAGAAGAGACUUAAGCAGCCGAUCGACCGAAAGGAACCGAAAUGAAAAGGAACGCAAAAGAAAGGACCAUCACAGCCGGGAGAGAGACGAAUCUUGCAAGUCACGGAGAGGUAGCAGCGGCUACAAGCACAAUAGUGACGGCGUGCGGAAUAGCGACAGUAACGGGAAGAAGACAACUCCGGUAACGUCGACCAUGACGUCGCUGGUUAAAAAGGAGUACAAACAGCACAAAAUAAGAAUGAGAUUAGAAAAAGACCAACCAUCGGCAUAUAGAGAUGCCCCAAAAGCUUACAGAGACGAUCGUGAUGAGCACAGGGCCUACAGAAGUAGUCCUGGACUUAAAGAAGAAAGUCCAUGUGGAACUUUUCAUUCGCAUAACUAUGGCCAUCCAUCUCCUGGCGCUAGUUACAACCAACCCACAUCCAGGAGAAGUCCCAGUUAUGGGAACAAGAGACGCUCCCCAAGUCCUGCUUACUACGGCCGAGGUGUUGAGCCGUAUAGCGCUUGUAACAGCUCGAGGUCGCCCGGCUCAUACUCAAUUAAAAAAAGACCGAGGUCUCCUACGAGUCCGUACAACAGCUACGGCCGACAGAGCCCUUACGAACCAGGAGAAAUUACUUCCAGUCCAUACGGUAGUCGAAGGCGAUCAAGAAGUCCGUACCCAAAGUCAUUCAGCCCGAGUCCAAGGCGAGCCGGGAAGUCCAGCAGCCGCAGCCCGUACCCCCCCCGCCGCUCCCGCUCCCGCAGCCGGCCCUCCAGCCUCUCCCCCAGCACGCUGACGCUGAAGAGCAGCCUGGCCGCCGAGCUCAGCAAGCAGAAGAAGGCAAAGGCGGCUAAGGCUGCCGCCGCCGCCCAGGCCAAGUCCUCAAGCAGUGCCUCCACACCCACCAAGGGGUCUUCCUCCGGCAGUGCCCCCCAGCCCUGCCCCGGCGUCAAGAGGGCCCGGCCUCCGUCCCCGUCCCCGCUCAAAAAGGGGCCCCGGACUCCCGCAUCCAGUCGGCCCCAGUCCCCAGUCGACCUGCCUCCCAAGCAGACCACGCCGCUGCCCCUUCCCCUUCCCAGCAAAGAGAACAAGGGGAGGGAUGACUCUGCCUUUCAGAAACUCCGGGACAAGAGGAAACCGUCUGCUCAGACGGGGGGAAAGGAGCAAGUGCGCUCCAUUGACUCACCCAUCCAUACACUGGCCUCCCUGCCCAUACCUCCAGCCCUUCUUGAGCACCUGGAUGGAACUGAUAGCUUGAAGGACUGCCUGAAGUCACGCUCGGGGAAGAGGGGAGAGCACAAGACUCAGCAGCUCCUCAGUGACCUCCCCCUGCCCCCUGAGUUAACCGGUGGCGAGCCAAGCUCUCCUCAAAGCCCACUAGAAGACAAGAAGACCCUAGGGCUCCGUCGUAGGCCCAAGAUAUGUGGACCUCGGUUUGGUGAAUUCAAAGAGAAAGAGAUCGACUGGGGGAAACGCUGCGUCGACAAGUUUGAGAUAAUUGGGAUCACGGGCGAGGGCACCUAUGGGCAGGUGUACAAGGCUAAAGACAAAGACACUGCGGAAAUGGUGGCCUUGAAGAAAGUUCGGCUGGACAACGAGAAGGAAGGCUUCCCGAUCACGGCCAUCCGUGAGAUCAAGAUCUUGAGACAGCUCAACCAUAAGAGCAUCAUCAACAUGAAGGAGAUUGUGACUGACAAGGAGGAUGCCGUUGACUUCAGGAAUGAUAAGGGUGCAUUCUACCUGGUGUUUGAAUACAUGGACCAUGACCUGAUGGGGCUUUUGGAGUCUGGCCUGGCCCAAUUCAAUGAGAGCCACAUCAAGUCAUUCAUGCGGCAACUGCUAGAGGGCCUGGACUACUGCCACAAGAAGAACUUCCUGCAUAGAGACAUCAAGUGCUCCAACAUUCUGCUCAAUAACAAGGGGCAGAUUAAGCUUGCAGAUUUUGGUCUGGCCCGACUCUACAACUCUGAAGAAAGCCGUCCCUACACUAAUAAGGUGAUCACCCUUUGGUACCGACCGCCGGAGCUCCUACUGGGGGAGGAAAGAUACACGCCUGCCAUAGACGUCUGGAGUUGUGGUUGCAUCCUGGGAGAACUGUUUACAAAGAAGCCUAUCUUUCAAGCCAACCAGGAGCUUGCCCAGUUAGAGCUCAUUAGCCGAAUCUGUGGAAGUCCUUGCCCUGCCGUGUGGCCCGACGUGAUCAAGCUGCCAUACUUCAACACCAUGAAACCAAAGAAGCAGUAUCGAAGACGGUUGCGGGAAGAGUUUGCGUUUUUACCUCCUACAGCCCUGGAUUUGUUUGACAACAUGCUGGCAUUGGACCCUAGCAAGCGCUGCAUGGCUGAGCAAGCUCUCAACAGUGACUUCCUCAGGGAUGUUGACCCGGCCCAGAUGCCAACGCCAGACCUCCCCCUGUGGCAGGACUGUCACGAGCUGUGGAGCAAGAAGAGGCGGCGGCAGAGGCAGGCCGCAGAAGAACCGGCCGCGCCGAAGGCUCCCCGUAAGGAGCUGGGGCCGGACGACAGUCACAGCAGCACCCCCCAGGGCCUCCCUGCCCCGGGCUUGCCCAAGCCCUCCAGCAACGCAUCCUCCGCACCGCCCGACUCGAAAACCCCCAGCUCGCAGCUGACGCAGGAGCAGCUGACCGUGCUACUCAACCUGCUCCAGUCCAAGAGCUCGGUCAACAUGGCGCAGCUGGCCCAGGUGAUGAACGUCAGGGUGAACCCCGAGACUCUGCAGCAGCUCACCAAGGUCUCGCUGCCCGCCAACGUCCUGGCCGAGCCUCUUCCUCCUCCUCCUCCUCCCCCCCCGGCGGAGGUCCCCCAGCCCGGGGGCGCACCCUGCACCCCUCCCCCGCCCGGGAAGCCGGAGGAGACGGCCUCCACUGUGGCACAGGGUGCCUUCACCGCGCUCCUGGCUCAGCUGCUCAAGGUCCAGCAGAUGCAGAGGAAGGAGUUAGGGGAGGACGGGGACGGGGCCGGUCCCCAGUCGGUUGGGGCGGAAGGGGAAGGAGCCGGUUCCCGUUCAGUUGGGGUGGCGGGGGACGCAGCCACUCCCGCUUCGGUCGGGGCGGGGGACCCAGAGCCUCCCUCAAAGCCUUGGCAGCCCCCGGAGCCCAGCCCCAUAUCACCAGCCUCUGAGGGCGACGCUCCACCCCCCCAGCCUCCCGACGCACUGGAUCCCUCGUGUAUCCUCCCCCCGGACCAAAGACCCCCAGAGCCCCCCGAGCCUCCGCCAUCUGUCUGCGAGGACCUGGACUACCGGCGGGUCGCCGGGGCCGACGGCGGGGGAGGGGCAGGCCGGACGCUGACAGUCGACGGCGAAGGCGGGCUGGGCAGGGACGCGGGACCGGCACCGGAGCCCAAUUACCCGCCUCCCCCGCCCCCUCCGCAGCCCGAGGGGCCUAGCUACACCAACGACUAUGCCAUGGACGGCAGCUUCCACCCGCUUCCCCCUCCCUUCCCCUCCUCGGUUUACCCCACCGAUGGCUUCAGAGCCAGCUACCUGGGCGGGAUGCUUGGGGGGGGACUCCCCUCCCACUCCCUAAGGGAGUUCUUCAGCCACACGCCCCCCCCGGGGUCCUCCUCAUCCUCGGCUCCCCCGCACACCCAGGGCUACCACGAGCCUUACCCGCACAGAGGGGCCCCGGGCUCGGGCCCGGUGUUCAGCGGCGACAAGGACCACCGCUUCGAGUACAAUCACGUCCCCCCGCCACCUGUCGACGGCCACCCGCACCCUGCCGGAGCGCACGGCUACAACCACGCGCCGAGCUGGCAGGACGGCCCGCCCCCUCCUCUGCCCCCCCACCCCUGUCAAGGCUGGGGCUCUCCCUCGCAGCCUGCGGUGCCCCCCUUCCCUCCCGGGUUCAUGCCGCACAUGAACACUGCGCCACUCAGGGGUCGAGGCCUGCCCUUCUGAGGGGGGGUGGCGGUGGGCGGGGGGUGUUUCUGGACAGAAACCAGGAACGACAAGUUUAACUUUCUCAGGCCCUGACUAUGGGGAAAAAAUUGCAGACUUGAUUUGUACUAAUUAAAAAUAUUUUUCCCUGUUUGGGAAUGUUGUACGGUGAACAGUGGAAGAGGGGCUAAUUGGGCGUGGGGGCUUUUCUUGUGCUUGCCCAUUUGUUUUAAUCUGUUCUGCUGCUGUCUUUAAAUUAAAUCUGACCUUUUUGACCUAAAUCUGAGUGCAGUUGCCAUGUCAGGUAAUUGUAUCUGUAUUUGAGCCUCUUCCUUAAUUGCCUGUGGGCAGACUAGUAUUACAGGAUUUUACACUGCUGAAUAUAGUGGUCUAAAUCUGAUUUGGGGUUAAAUUUAUGAGCCAUCUAUAUGCAGAUUUAGAUUUGCCUGCGCUAUUAUUGAUUUGGACCAGGAGAGAUUGGUUGACUGGUUUUCUAUAUAUUUUUUUUAAAGGACUCUUGGUUUCAGAAAAAACUUUACCGAAAGUUACAGAACAGAGUUGUCUUGUGCAUUACUGUUAUAAUUGAAGGCAAGUAAAAAGAAAAAAAAACUUUAAUCCAAAUUCAUGGAGACAGCAAUGUCUUUUUGUACAUUGAAUUUUCUUUCUCGCAAAUGUUUAUUAAAGAAAUAAAAAUUAAAA